UCCUCCUCUGUGCCGAGAGAGAGAACGAGCACUCGUCAGCUCUGGCACCAGUCCUCCUCCUUCUCUCCUCGUCCCGCACGACGAAUUCGUUUCUCCCAUGAGACCUCUCGGCACCUCUCUCGAUCCCUCGUAACCUUCUCCCCCGCGGGUCGAUUCCGAUCCCAGUCCUGAACAGUUCGAGCCCUUCUCUCUCUCUCUCUCUCUCUCUCUCUCUCUCUCUCUCUCUCUCUCUCUCAUUUCCGUUGCACUCUUUUCUCUUUGCAUCCAGUGCGUCUCAAUCGUCGGGCAUAUACCAAUCAGUAAAUCGUUCCUGCGUAUUAUCGUGGCCUUCCUCGACCCCCUUCGUCCUCCCUUUCUCUUCCAGCGGCUGCGGCACUUAUUUUUGACCUCCUCUUGCCGCCCAUCAGUUUAGUCUUUCCCCUGCACAUCCUACACUUGCAAUAGUUGCUCUGAUUUGUGUUUGGCUCUGACAGUUAUCAUCUCGGUAGCUUGGGCACUAUUGGUUCAAGAGGUAUUACAAAGGACCCGUGCGAGAAUUUUCGUUUGGCUUCCUCAGGUGUAAGUGUUUGCAGAAGUGGUGAUUCAUUUGAUUUCAAAGGAAUCUGAGCUAUGGCAGGAAGGAGGAAAAGCGUAGGACCUGUCAACUACCACGAACUUCCUCGAAAAAAACUGCAGUCUCUGUGUAAAAAGCAUGGGUUUCCAGCCAACAAAACGAAUGUUGCGAUGGCGGAUGCGUUGACGGCUUUGCUAAAUGAUCCGGAGCGUCUCGCCAGUGGCAUUGACAGUCCAGCGAUUACUAGCAGGAGCAGCUAUCUUUCAUCUAGUGAAAUCGAUGAGAGCCCCAUGAUCUCGCCAGGAGUAGACUCGCUACCAACGAUCUCAGAGUCACGGCAAGAGGUUUUCCAGGGCUUGCGGAUUACCAAUCUGCCCGAAAUUAUGGAGAUUGAUAAUGCCUCACCGAAAGCUGUACAGUUAGUGGUUAAAAACUCUGAGACGACUAGUUUGCACACCAGUGAGGUUACCAACACGAUGACCGGUGACUGUGCAUCCGAAGAAACCCCCCUCUCCGGCAGCAAUGGCAGGGAAAUGAAACUCAGUGAGAAGGAAGGCAAAAUGAUCGAGGACUCUUCACCGAGUGAAGAUUCAAAGGUGGACAUGGAAGAUAUAGAUUGUAGCAUGAACCUCGAUAAAACGAGUGAGAGUUUUCUGGCAGGUGAAAUGAUCGACAGUUCUCGGUUUGGAAGUGAAAUGAAUGGAAUUGAAUACAGUGAGGUCAUCGACACGAUGAUCGAUGUUUCUGCAGAGUGCGCAGGUCCACUGUCUGAAAGUGGCGUCAGGGAGAUGGACUUCUCCUCAGAGAACAGCCAAACACUGCCAGACGAAUCUUCAAGGCAUGCAGGAUCAGCAUUUGAGGUGAGUGAAGCGAAGAGCUUAGCAUGCGAAGAGAGAUGUCAGAUGGAUGCCGAACCAGAUGGAACUUCAGACGAAGACACUGUACAGAAGUCCGUUUCUACUUCCGAGAAAAGGGCUCAGGCUCUGACACCAGAAACAACUGUCAUGAUAGAGGUUCCAGUUCCCCUUUCGGAGGAGUUGAAAGACGCGUUAGACGGAUAUUCGGACAAGUUUACAGGGACCGUGGAAGUGACUAAUGUUUCUGAGUCAUGGACCGAGACGCUCGCUAUGAACCGGGAGAGCUUGACUAUGGACUCAUUGAAGGAAUUGCGACAAGCUAGAAGGCAUGAUUCCACGGUAGAGAAGGAUACAGAUGCGACCGAGAGACUGAAUACAGAAAUUCUGAGUUUUGAAUUAGGGGAAACGGUAGACAGCUCUCCUCUUCCAAUAUCAGUGAUGCCGCAUGUUUCUAAUUCAGACCUCUCUGUUUCAAAUAAGGACGGAGUCAGGUUGGUCGUUGACUUGAACAACAGAGGGUUUCCAGUAUUAGACAUGUUGGAAACAGAUGGAGCUAUCAGAAUCAGUUCACAUACCAGUGAAAAUUUGAAGAGCCGAGCUGUGUCUCAACGACUGCCUACCUUGAGUUCAGGAUUCGUUGCAAGGACGCAGGAGGAAGUAUUUGGGCCUUUUAAGUGCUUGAACGCGGCUUCUUUGAGUCCUAAGGUGAGGAGAAGCCUUGGUAUCUGCGCUCCCAGCUCCUUCCCACUACCAAGGCCUACAUUAUCCUCGCCGCCGAGAUCCAGAAACGCAUCUCAAAACGAAGUUGAGAACGACUUCUCUUUCGAUGUUCCUUUGAAUGUCCCUGUUGUCAGCCCAGUUUCCUUACCUCCUCCUACCGAUGAGGAGGUCAGGGGGAUCGCGAGGAUCAGUAGAUGCAGUGGAAGUGUUUCUGAGGAGAAAGAAUUUGCAGUCGAGGCGGAGUCAUCUUUUGUUUCCAGUGACGCGUUAGAGUUGACCAAAGUAACAACGGAGGAUGAAGAAAUUGAGAACAGGUCGGAAUCUUCCUCUCCAAUUGCUGGCUACGUGAAGGAGAUUGUGGAUCUACUGGAGAGUAACAGUCAAGAGAAAGAGCUGAUGGAUGGACCUGCUGCCAGCCGAAGGGCUGAAUACAAGCAAUCUCCUUUAGUAAGGUCAUCAAGGAUUGCUGCUGAAAUUUUACGUGCCUCAAAACUCGGACAAGCUAAAAGAUUAGAGGUUUUGGCUGGUAAAAGGUCGCUUUGGCAUCCUGCUCUUUCGGCGGGUCUUUCCGACGACGAGCCGACGACGGUGGAACAAGAAUCACUUCAAAGCACGGGGUCAGAUUCAUUUGCUCCUGACAGAAUUGCUUACAAGACCGAGGUCUAUGGAGAUGCUGCCGCCCAGGAAGUCCCUGAGUUCCCGAGCUCAGGUGCGCAAACGACCGGUGUAGCCAUUAUGGUAGAUGAUCCUGCUUCACCUCAACGUGAUCAAAUGGACAAUGGUGACAACAGCUUCGCCUCCGUCCUUGCGAAAGUCGGAAGUAAAAAUGUUGACGGCGUUGCAGUGAGCAACUCAUCAUCGAAUGAGAAAGCAGAAGUUCUGUCACCGACUUCAGGCGUACCUUUGGGAGAUGAGAAGGCGUUAGCAGAGGAUGUCUUAGUUGGCAACAGCUUACCCCUAGUGAGCGAGGGCAAGUUUGCAGAGAUCAAGUACGUAGAGAUUCCAAGACCCGUGGAGACAAACGUUGAUUGUGGGCCCAUAUCUGAACUUUCCUGGAUUCGCAAAGCUACCAAUCUUCCAACUCCCAAAGCACAGAAACUGAACGAAAAGGUAAAACGCCCUGCUUCUGCCAACGUGAGAAAAUUUGAGCUUAUGGAGAGGGCGGCUCUGAACUCUGCGAAGAUGCACGGUACUCCGAAGGAGGCCAGUUCUGGAAGAUGUGAAUCUGCUUACACACCACUAAUCGGUGUGUCAAGUACAUCGAGUUCAUUAGAAUGUCAGCUACCCAGGGGCAUGAACAUGGCGGAUGCCAAGAAGAACACGGAGGUCAGUUUUCUUGACAUCUGCUGGGGGUCGAAGAAGACUCCAGAGAGAUCUGUCGCACCAUUGAGCCUCCGAGACUCCAACAAAGAAUCGAGUGCAGUUAUACUAGAAACUUGCUCAACUAGUCCCAAGUCACCGGCCAUUUGUCUUGAUGAAAUCUUGAGAGAGGAUUCUGAAAGUACGGGUAAAGAGAAUCUAUGCAGCAAGGAGAACGAGAGACUGAGAAGACACCAGGAAGAAUACAAAAUUCCCCUCACUGGGAGGUCAAAGGAGAAGGCUCUACGAGCUGCCGAGAUGAAUGCUGCAAUCCAACGAGAGAAAAUUUUGAAGCAACGUCGUGGGGUUGAAGAAGAAGAGCGAAUGGGCACCCCGCUGAAGACCUCACUCUUUGGCAGACUUCUGUGAUGAAUUGGAAAACAGAGGAUCCCUGCUAACUACGUCAGGGGCAUCAUUCAAAGUCUCUGAUAUUGCCAGUGCUUCAUUAGAGCGCUUUCAACUUGAAGAGAUAUCGAGGUAUCUCACGGAAUGAAAGCCGGCGAGGGCAUAGAAAAGAAUUGGCUUUCACAAAUUCUUUGUUCCUUAGAGUCUAGCUCUUGUACAAAUGGUGUCAUAUUAAAAGUCUUGAGGGCUGAGUGUCGAGAGAAGAUAAUUUGUUUACUACGUGAUCCUAGAGUCAUAUUGCCAGACUUACCAUUAACACUCUCUUGGCAGUGAACCAGAAACAUUGGAUCCGAACUCUUACAAUCAUCUCAGUCCCCGAUGUCCUUCAGAAUGGUAGGUUAGGGAUGGACACGAUUUAUAUUAAACACUUAGGCAUUUUGUCUAGAGGAAGCUGCUGACUGCUAAGCUCCUGAAUGUGUACCCUGCCAUUUUCUGACUCGCUACAAUUACCUCAAUUGGAGUAUAUCAGUAUACGAGUUUAGUAGUAUGGUUGCAUGCCAUACAAGCAUCAAGAAACCAGAAGGUUCCUUGUCAAUCUCGAAGUCAUGAAGUCAGGAACAUAUCUGACUUAUGUGGCGAAUAUGAUCUCGAGGAUUAAAGGGCGGAAGCAGGGCGGGCGCAUUGCUGCACUAGCGGCUUGUACCGUUGUAAGAGCGAGCUUUACGUCCACAUUGGCCGAUAUCGAAGCUCGAUGGUUUAAUAAUACGUCUCUCGCAUUGU